AUGAUAAUAACACCAAAUACAAGUUCGUCAGAAGAACAAGUAUUUAUUGCUACACUUGAAAAAUGUUUACAAAAUGAUAAUGAAAAACGAACAGCUGCCGAGGCAAUUUAUCAAAAUAUACCUGAUGAAAAAAAAGCUAUUCUACUUAUGUCUACAUUGUGUAACAUAGCACUAAGUGGACAAAUUCGAUCAUUUGCUGCUGUCAUGCUUCGACGUUUAUUUCGAAGACAAUUUGGAAACUUUUGGCCAAAAUAUUCUCCUGAUCAACAAAUGACAUUAAAAAGACAGUUACUCGAUCGAAUAAUACAAAUAGAUGAUGAUGAAGUUGUUCGAAAAAACGUUUGUUUUAUUGCUGCUGAAUUAGCUAGAAAUUCAAUAGGUAUAAAAAAAAUAACAAAACAAUUUGAUCUUUUUAUUGAAUUUUUAUUUUUAAUUAAAGAUGAAAAUAAUCAAUUACAAUGGCCAGAAAUUAUUGAAUUUCUUGUUCAAUCUGCUAAUUCAUCACUUAAUAAAUUAAAAGAAUCUGCUUUAAUUAUUUUUGAAGUUUUUCCAGAAAUAUUUAGUAAUCAAGCUGAACAAUUAACACAAAUAAUUCACCAAAUAUUUUUCAAUUGUUUAAAUGAUCAAGAUACAAAAGUUCGUUAUACAGCUGCAACAUCAUUUGCUGCUUAUCUUAAACAUAAUUGUGAAAAUACACAACUACUUAAUAUCUAUCGAGAUUGUUUACCAUGUCUUAUUUCGACAAUAACACAAAGUUUGACUGAUUCAAAUGAUGAUACAGUUCUUAAAGCAUUGAUUAAUAUUGCUGAAAAUACUGCAAAAUAUCUUCGACCUGCUAUUGAUAAUAUUUUUAAGUUAUGUCUUGAAACUAUCAAAAAAAAAGGUGAAUUUGAAGAAUCACGUCGUCAUUUAGCUCUUGAAGUACUUAUUACUUUAUCAGAAACAGCAAGUGGAAUGGUUCGAAAAGUUAAAAAACAAUAUUUAGAUGAACUUGUUUCUCAAUUGCUUGACAUGAUGGUCGAUUUGAAUGAUGAUUUGAAAUGGUCAAUAAAAGAUACAAUUGAAGAUGAAGAAGACAAUCGCAAUGCUUUUAUUGGUGAAAGAUCAUUGGAUCGACUUGCUUGUGCACUUGGUGGAAAAACAAUAUUUAAUUAUAUAUUAAAAACUGUUCGAACAAUGCUUCAAAAUCCUGAUUGGCGCUAUCGUUAUGCUGGUUUAAUGGCAAUAUCAACUAUUUCUGAAGGUUUUCAUAAAGAAAUAUCAGUAUUACUUGAUAAUCUUGUUGAUGGCGUUUUGGUUUUUCUCAAAGAUUCGCAUCCACGUGUUCGAUAUGCAGCUUGUAAUGUAUUAGGACAAAUGUCAACAGAUUUUCAAGGAAAAUUUCAAGAAAAAUUUCAUUCAAAAAUAAUUCCUAGUUUAUUAUCAAUACUUGAUGAUUAUGAAAAUCCUCGAACGCAAGCUCAUGGUGGUGCUGCAUUAGUUAAUUUUGCUGAAGGUUGUCCAUCACAUUUACUUGUUGAACAUUUACCACAAAUUAUUGAAAAAUUAGAGCAAGUUUUAAAUCGAAAAUAUGAAGAACUGGUUCAACAUAAUCGUAAAUUAGUUCUUGAACAAAUGGUAACAACACUUGCAGCUAUUGCUGAUACAGUUGCACAAGAUUUUUCACCUUAUUACGAUCGAUUUAUGCCACAAUUGAAAUAUUUAUUUGAAAAUGUAAUUACACCUGAUUAUCGAAUAUUACGCGGUAAAACAAUAGAAUGUAUUAGUUUAAUUGGUUUAGCUGUUGGCAAAGAAAAAUGUAUUAAUGAUUGUAAUGAAAUAAUGCAAGAAUUCGUUAAAACUCAAGUUGAUUUUGAAAAUUUAGGAUAUAAUGAUCCACAAAUAUCAUAUUUCAUUGGUGCUUGGACACGUAUAUGUCAAAUAUUAGGCAAAGAUUUUGAACAAUAUCUACCAAUUGUUAUGGGACCUGUUCUUAAAGUAGCUACAUUUCAACCUGAAUUAACAGUACUUGCUGACAACGACACUGAUGUUGAAGAAGAUGAUAAUUGGGAAGAACUUAAUGUUGAUGAUCAAACAACAGGUCUUGAAGAAAAAGCAAGUGCUUGUUCAAUGCUUGUUUGUUGUGCUAAAGAAUUAAAAGAAGGUUUUGUUAAUUAUGUUGAAGAAACAACAAAAUUAAUGAUUCCACUUCUUAGAUUUAAUUUUCAUAAAGGUAUUCGUACUGUGGCUGCUGAAUCUUUACCAUAUUUACUUGAUUGUGUUAAAUUACGUGAUAAUGAUUAUGCUUGUCAAUUAUGGCAAUAUAUGAAUAAAGAAUUAUUUAAAGCAAUUGAAAUUGAAUCUGAUCAUGAAGUACUUGGUGAAUUAUUUUUAUCAUUAAGCAAAUGUAUUGAAAUAUUAGGUGUAUUAAGUUUAACAGGAAAUGAAUUAAAAGAAUUAACAAUCAUUCUUGAUAAUCAUCUUAAAAAACAUUUUGAACGGUCAAAUGAACGUGCUGAAAAACGACAUGAUGAAGAUUAUGAUGAAGAAACCGAAGAAGAAAUGGUUGAAGAAGAUGCUUGUGAUGCAUAUAUAUUAACUCGUUUAUCGAAUAUAAUUCAUUCACUUUUAAUAACAUAUAAAGAUUCAUAUUUGGUUUAUUUUGAUACAUUAGUACCACAUUUUAAUGCUCUUAUACAACCAACACGUUCAAUAUCUGAUCGUCAAUGUGCGUUAUGUAUAUUUGAUGAUGUAAUUCAAUUUACUGGUGCAUAUUCACAUCGCUAUUCGCAAUUUUUUCUUGCACGUAUGGCCGAAAGUCUUGCUGAUUCAUCACCUGAAAUUCGUCAAGCUGCUGCAUAUGGAUUUGGUGUAAUGGGAAGGAAUGGUGGUCCUGUUUAUGCACAUGCAUGUGCUGAAGCAUUACCUCUUUUAUUUACUCUUAUUAGUGUAUCAGAUAGUCGUUCAACAGAAAAUAAUACAGCAACUGAAAAUGCAAUUAGUGCAGUUACAAAAAUAUUUAAAUAUAAUAAUUCAUAUGUUGAUAAUCUUGAUAAACUUCAUCAAGUUUGGUUUUCUUGGCUUCCAAUUCAUGAAGAUACAGAAGAAAUACCAUAUGUUUAUGAUUAUUUAUGUGAUUUAAUUGAAUCAAAUAAUCCGAUUAUUAUUGGACAAAAUAAUUCAAAUAUAUGUAAUGUGAUUAAUUUAUUUACUGAUGCAUUUGCUAAAUCAUCGAUUGAAGUUAAUUCAGUUAUUGGUCAACGUAUGAUGCUCAUUUUACAACAAAUUCAAACUGCAAAUAUAAAUUUACCAUUAACUUCAACUAGUUUAUUACAAAACAUAUUCUCAACACAUAUUGUUCCUCCACGUUUGGCACCAACGGUUGAUCAAGUAUAUCGAAAUAAUGACUUAAUUAACCAAUCUUUACAACUUGUGCCGUAUAUUUUAUUAAGUGAACGCUCAUUACAAAUUUUAAAAAAAUGUGAUAAAGCUAAUGAUACUAAAAAUGACAUUAUACAACAUAUUAUUGAACGAAUGCAAGUGAUUGAAAUUACUGUUGAUGAGAAAAGAUUGAAGUAUUGUUCAAUUGAUGGUAUAUCUUAUAAAUCAUCAGAUGAUACUUAUAUAUUACAAAUUAAUAAAGAAUUAUUUGAAGAUUGUAUCAAUGCCUUCAAUCAACCAAUGGUAUUAAACAAAGCAAAAUUACGUUUAGUAAUAUCUAUUUGUCAUGAAUUUAUACAUCAUAAAAUACACAAAUAUUUACUAAAUGAUAAAUGGUCAAAAGCAAAAAAUGAAAAAACUCCACCAGAACUAGUAGAAUCUGGUUUUUAUUGGGAAAAGCACGUUAUUGGUGGUCGUGUGGUUAAGAUCAAUAAAACUAUUUAUUCAUUUAUUACGAACAAUGGUGAAAAAAUUGAUCUUGAAGAUGAUUUAUGUGCGUUUUUAUUGGACAAAGUAAAUUAUGAUGAUGAAAAUUCUAAUGCUUAUUCCAGAAAAGAAAAACAACAAUUACAAUCAGGUGUUUCUAUUAAAAGAUCAAGAAAGAAAAUUGAACGUUUAUAUCUUGAUUUAAAUGGUACACAAAAAUCGAAGAAAACAAGAUCAGAACCAUAUCAAACAUAUCGCUUAACACCAAUCCAUCCAAUUUUUGCUGAAAUAACACUCGAAAAUGAUACCAAUGAUGAUAUUAUUUAUCCAGAUCUUCCUCAAAAUUGCGGUGCUUUACGUGCAUAUUUAUACAAAUAUCUUGAAGAUGAUGGUGAAAUGUUCAGUGUUGAUUUACCUAUAAAUGAUUAUGAUUGGACAUGUAGUGGUUUACGAGAACGUUGUCGUGCAACACCAUAUUUAUUACCUGAUUAUGUUAUUAUAAAACCAAAUGAAUCAAAAACAUUUACAAUAAAAUUAAUGGAAAUAACAACAGAUAAUGAAGAAGAAAAUAUGAAAAUCACUGGUCAUUAUUAUUUAGAAAUAGAAAUAGGUUAUAACACAAACGAUGCAGAUGAUCUUUAUGUUGGUGAAAGAACAAUUGAAUUUAAUAUCGAAUAUGAUAAUGGAAUGAACAAUGAUGAAAAUAUUGAUGCUGAACAACAAGAAAUGCCAUUUUGUUUUAGCAUAUCCGAUCAAUUUUAUUAUGAAUUAUUCGAAGCCGUACAAAUGCAAUGUAUAUUUUCUGAUCCAAAAACAUUUUGUGAUGCUAUUCCACAUAAUCUUAGUGCAAAUGAUAUUCUUGAUUUACAUCAACAAGAAUUGACUAAACCAACAUUUAAUUUAACUUCAUUUAUUUCCAAGAAUUUUAUUCUAUCAAAUCAACAACAGUUGUACCUGAUAAAUGGAUAA